UCUCCAGCGCCCCCAUCAGGUUCGUCACCGGAAACGCAGCCAGCAGCAGACCUCCUCUUCAUCCUCCUCCUCCUCUCACCCUCACCCUCAUCCUCAUCCGGGGCCUUCUUCUAUCCUGGUCUCAGACAGCACCAUGACACCUUGGGGAGGCCUGGCUCUCUCUGAAUCCUCCUUCACCUCAAUCCCCCCUCCUCCUCCACAUCCACCACGACCUCGUCCACCUCCUCCACCUCCUCCUCUUCAUCCUCAUCCUCCACCUCCUCCUCAGCCCACUCCCUCCACUCCUCCUCCUCAUCGAGGGAGACUGACAGAAGACGAAGAGGAAGUUUCAAGUUCCAGUUGUGACUCUGAGGCUCCUUCUCCACCUGGUCCUGGUCCAGUCCCUCAGGACACUGCAGGUGAAGGGGGUAGAGGGUUUCGGGCGAGGCGGAGGUUGUUGCCCCAGCGUCGGGUGCCUCGUCCUCCCCGUCUCCCGCCACUGCGUCCCGUCACCAACCUCAGUUUCUCUCGGAGCUUCACCUUCUCUUUCUUCGAGCUGCCGCUGCACCAGUCGCCUCGCUGCCGUGCCGAACGCAUCAGAAACCUCAUGCUGCUUUUGAGACAGAUACACUACUGAAAUGGACAGCGUUGAGGAUAAUGGCCUUCCUCACUACAAGCAGCCUCAUCUCGCUGUUCCCCUGGACGAAGCCCAGAUAGAUGUCCUUGGGCAGCGAGUAGAAAACAAGUCCCUGUCCAUUUUGGAGAAGGUGAAGGCACAAUGUUGGUGUUCCGGUCCCAGGUUGAAGGGCUUUCUGCUGGGCUUUUUUCCUGUUUUGGUAUGGCUGCCUCGCUACUCCCUCAGAGAAAACACUAUUGGGGACCUGGUGUCCGGAGUCAGUGUUGGGAUCAUACAGCUGCCACUGGGUAUGGCCAACGCCAUGUUGGCGGGAGUUCCUCCAGCGUAUGGUCUCUACAGCUCUUUCUAUCCUCUGAUCAUCUACUUCAUCUUCGGCACUUCCAGACACAUCUCCAUUGGUACGUUUGCCGUCCUGGCCAUCAUGAUCGGGUCUGUGACAGCCGACGUGGAGUCACAUAGCAAUGGUGCUGAAAUGAGUCAAAUUGAUGUGGAAGCGGCCAAAGUGAACGCGGCUGUACAACUCACCUUCCUCUGUGGCCUCAUACAGCUCCUGCUGUACCUGCUACGUGGAGGCAGUGUGUGUCGCUGGCUGUCUGAUCCUGUAAUCAGAGGCUACACCACAGCAGGAGGUCUGCAUGUGCUCAUCAUACAGCUGCCACUGAUGAUGGGAAUACCUGCACAGAGGCACUGUGGACUGCUGGCUUCAGCUUGGACUUUGUGGGAUGUUGUGCUUGGAGUGACCAGUGCUGUACCAGGAGCGCUGUCAGUCUCCUUGGUUUCCAUGGUGAUACUCAUCGGAGGCAAGCUGCUGAAUGAGCGCUUUAAGAACAAACUGCCUCUGGCCAUACCAUGGGAACUUAUACUGAUUGUCCUGGGCACCCUCCUGUCGGUGCAGAUGGAUCUGGUUGGACAGUACACCGUCCAGGUGGUGGGAGACAUACCCACUGGCUUGUCCUCCCCAGUCCUCCCCUCUCUCUCUCAGGCCAGAGAGCUGUUCAUCCCAGCUCUGUCUGUGGCUCUGGUCAGCUUCAGUUUCCUCACAGCAAUGGGCACAAUGUUUGCCCAGAGACACGACUACCACGUGGACUCCAGUCAGGACCUGCUGGCUCUGGGUCUGUGUAACACCAUAGGAGGAAUCUUCCAGUGCUUCGCUGUCAGCUGCUCCUUCUCUCGCAGUUUGAUUCAGGAAAGCAUUGGUGUCAAAACACAGAUGGCCGGUUUGAUAUCAGCUCUGUUGAUGCUUACCAUUCUGUUGAAGAUCGGUCACCUCUUUGAGCAGCUGCCAAAGGCAGUUUUGGCAGUGAUCAUCGUGGUGAACCUGCAAGGGAUGCUGGUGCAGUUCAAAGAUGUGUGUGUGCUCUGGAAGUCUGACAGAUUAGACCUGCUGGUGUGGGUAGCGUCGCUGAUUUCCACGCUGGUCUUUAACCUGGACCUCGGUCUGGCUGUUGCUGUCGUCUUCUCUCUGUUGAUACUCAUCUUCAGGACACAACACUCCUCCACUGUUGUUUUGGGUCAUAUUCCUGGUACAGACUGUUACAGAGAUGUGGGACUCUACACUGAGGCAAAGCGACUUCCCUUUGUGACCAUACUCUCCUAUUCCAGUCCUAUUUACUUUGCCAACUCUGAAUUGGUCUUCACACAGAUCAGAGAGAAAGUGAGUCGUGCUCAGAAGGAGAACCCAGCUGAAGUCCGAACCUCUAUCUGCACCACCUCCACCCUCAUCUCCUCCACCCUCAUCUCCUCCUCCUCCUCCUCCUCAGACCAGACAUCGAAACACACUCAUUGCCUGGUUCUGGAUCUCAGCUCGGUCACCUUCAUGGACUCUGUUGCCAUACCAGCACUUUGCAAGGUUGUAGAAGACUUAAAAGACCAGGGUGUCAGCGUGUUUCUGGCGGCGUGCCAAGAGAGAGUUUUAUCCCAGCUCCACAAUCAGGGUUGUAUACCAAACCGCCUGCCUUGCUCCUGUCUCUUCCCAUCGGUCCAUCAUGCUGUCCAGCGCUGCCUCGGCACCCUGCCCAGGCCUCUGGAGGUAAUCAAUCCAGAUGCAAAUGAAUGUUGAAUCUACAUGACAGCUGCUUUUGAAUGUAAAUUACCGGACAGUUCGGUCAUUUCACUGUGACAAAAGGACAGAAAGGAAAAUCCUGGGGUGAUAGUUAGUUAGUUAAGUGUUAAGAUGGCAGAGAGAAAGCCAUUAACACCUUUUAAAAUAUGAAUAUGCUAACAGUUCUUACACUUUUCCAGACAAUAAAUGUAUUUUUUUUUCAAUUUGUAUUAAAUAAAAGUUGUGUAUAUAGUAUUAAA